AUGCCGAUAGCUCGUGUCACCAGCCGCUCUAUUCUCGCUGCACGCACUUUUCCCACAACUCGGAAGUUCGCAACAGCAUUACCAGUGAGCUCUGCCACCCGGAGUCACAAAGUAGUGGUGAUUGGUGGCGGUAGUGCAGGCCUGACUAUCAGUCACCAGCUCCUCCGAUCCGGCAGAUUUGCUAAGAAUGACAUUGCUGUCAUCGACCCAGCGACCUGGCAUCAUUACCAGCCUGGUUGGACUCUAGUUAGCGGAGGACUGAAGACCAAAGAGGAACUGCGAAGACCGCUGGACAGCUUGAUUGACCAGAAGAUCAAGUUUUAUGACUCCAGUGUGGACACCUUUUCUCCACAAGACAACUUUCUCAGGCUUGACGACGGCGGUGUCGUUGACUAUGAGCAACUCGUCGUUGCUCCUGGCAUCAGUAUUGAUUAUGGCAGUAUCAAAGGCUUGCCUGAGGCUCUUGCGAACCCAGACUCUCUUGUUUCGACAACCUAUGGCUAUCAUACUUGCGACAAGGUCUUCCACUCCAUCAAAAAACUUCGACAAGGCGUCGCUAUCUUCACCCAACCUGCCGGUAUUGUCAAAUGUGGAGGCGCACCUCAAAAAAUCAUGUGGCUCGCGUUAGAUCAUUGGAAGCGAGCAGGACUGUAUGAUCCUGGUAACCCUUCCAAUUCGACGGUCAAUAUCAGCUUCGCUACUGGCAUCUCUACUAUGUUUGCCGUACCCAAGUACAAUUCCAAGCUUGAGGAGUUGCGCCAAAAGAGGGGUGUUGAGGGCUUAUUCCAGCACGACCUCAUUGCUAUCGAUGGCAAUCGAGCGAUAUUCUCUCGUCCUGAUGGAGAACACAUCACCAAGCAGUUCGACCUCCUGCAUGUGGUGCCUAAGAUGGGGCCCCAUGCUUUUGUUCAAAACAGUGGUCUAGCGGACGAGGCUGGAUACAUCGAUAUUCACCCGAGCACCCUUCGUCACAAGAGAUUUCCCAACAUCUGGUCUGCUGGCGAUGCUUCCAACUUACCUACGUCAAAGACAGCAGCAGCAAUUACUGCACAAGCACCAGUUCUGGUGCACAAUCUGCUGCAAUCUCUAGAUGGAAACGAGACCAAUGCAGUAUAUGACGGAUACACAUCGUGCCCAUUGUUGACAGAAUAUGGCAAAGUCGUCCUUGCCGAAUUUAAAUACGGCGGUGAGCCGCAAGAGACUUUUAACACCUGGUUUGGUAUUGAUCAAACAGUACCGCGUCGUGUGUUCUAUCAUCUCAAGAAAGAUUUCUUCCCUUGGGUGUACUACAAGUAUAUGGUCAAAGGCACUUGGGGCGGGCCGAAGGGCUGGAUUAAGUAG